CUUCCGGAGGCGGUCGUGACAGACUUUUAAAAAUGGUCCAGCGUCUGACAUACCGCCGUAGGUUGUCCUACAACACAGCCUCCAACAAGACCAGGCUGUCCCGAACCCCAGGUAACAGGAUUGUUUACCUGUACACGAAGAAAGUUGGAAAAGCACCAAAAUCUGCAUGCGGGGUGUGCCCAGGAAGACUUCGGGGUGUCCGUGCCGUGAGGCCUAAAGUUCUUAUGAGGCUGUCUAAAACGAAGAAGCAUGUCAGCCGGGCUUAUGGUGGUUCCAUGUGUGCUAAAUGUGUCCGUGACAGAAUCAAGCGUGCUUUCCUCAUUGAGGAGCAGAAAAUUGUUGUGAAGGUGUUGAAGGCACAAGCACAAAGUCAAAAAGCCAAAUAAAAGAGGUCAUGUUUUUUUCCGAAUAAAUGAAACACAAAACAUUG